CGUCACGCAUAGUGCCUUACUACAAGCACAACCACUAGUACCCCGUACACUACUCCGUAAUUUGAAACCAGAUGCCUAUGAUAAUCCGCCAGUAUUAAAAAAUAGCAUCGUGAUAAAAGAUUGGUUUCACUGACUCGUGCUGCAGACAUGGGCCAGCCCGUCGAGUGACAACUCCGAUGGGUGAUUCAACCCACCAAUGAACAUGCAUUUCUUACAGUACCGUCCAGAUGGUUGUUUUUGUAUCAUAUGUCCUCGCUGGCCUUCUAGAUACACUGGAUAAGCACCUACUAUAGGGGCUGGUUACUGUAUACUCCGCUGUCGGAGAUAAGCUGUCGGAAAAUUGCAGACGAGACGGACCAAAAGUGCAAUUGCCGACAGCCUUAACCCACGAGCUGCUCACCAAUUCCUUCUCCCUAUCCAAUCUUUAAAGCCGCCGGAGAUACGACUCACUACUCUCGGAAGCGUUGUAUCCCUAUGGAUAGUCCGAGUUCCGUGUUGGCUGAGCCCCCGCGUCGGCGCAGAAGACCAGCUGUCUCCUGCUCCCUUUGUAGGAGUCGGAAAAUUCGAUGUAAUCGGCAAUUGCCCUGUAGCAACUGCGUGCGUACGCGGAAUGAAAAUUGCGUGUAUGCGAACCAGGCUUCUCCGAUUCAACGGAAACGUCUCAGCCAGGUAACCGAGGUGUCAACUCUACAGCCCCAACAGGCUCUCCGUAUCGAUAGAGACCCUAGUUCCAACGGACCUCCAUGCCAGAGCCAGCAGUCCGACUUUUUAAUAAACAGUCCCGUCAUUGUGUCUCCCGUCUCCACUCAGCAGCCUACCGAGGUCGAGGCCCUGAAAAGCAGAAUCAAGCACCUCGAAGAGCAGCUGGCUAAGGCACAGAAGCCUACACUGUCAAGGUUCCGCUCCAAUAUAGAAACAUCCACGGCCUGUAUCACCAAAAGGCUUCACGUUCAAUAUGAGAGCGCCUCCGGUCGUCCAGCGGCUAUCACUCGCGGAAUCAUGAACAAGACACGUCUGUUGGGCCAAAGCUACUGGAUUAGUGGUCUCGCUACCCUACUUCGAGACCUCUUCCAAACGGUAGAGCCGUACCUCCUACAAGAGACAUCAAAGAUGUUUUCUGGCUUUUACAGAUGCAAGGCUUUGGCACGGACAAUCAAAGCAAGGCGAGCACCCAAGUGGCCGACACCACCAAGCGUGGACCUACCGCCAAAGGAUCUGGCAGACAAGCUCGUCGAGUGCUACUUUCAAACAACAGAAACGAUUUAUCCCGUCAUACAUGUUCCCAGCUUCCGGACGGAAUAUGACGCUGUGUGGGCAUCGGACAGCGAACCUAGGAUGGCCUUCGUUGUUCAACUAAAGCUCAUGCUUGCGAUCGGAGCUACCACGUAUGACCAGCAAUUCUCUUUGCGCCCCUUGGCAUAUCAAUGGGUGUACGAGGCUCAAACCUGGCUUGCAGAGCCGGAUUUCAAGUCACGGCUUACCAUCCAAUCUCUACAGAUACACAUUCUGCUCUUGAUUGCCCGGGAAGCCACAGGUAUCGGUCCGACCUUGGUCUGGAUUUCCACUGGCGAACUUCUUCGAACAGCCGUGAACAUGGGAUUACACAGGGAUCCCAAACAUCUACCACACGCUACUCUCCUGACUGCAGAGAUGCGCCGAAGGCUAUGGAACACGAUCUUAGAGGUCUGCCUACAAUCGAGCCUAACCUCCGGCGGACCCCCAAUGAUAACCCUAGAUGACUUUGAUGCCGACCCUCCAGGUAACUUCAACGACGAACAACUCAUGACAGCGAACCCAGAACCAAGCCCAGACACAACAUUCACCCGCAUAUCUAUCGCCAUAGCCCUCCGUAAAACACUCCCACUCCGUCUCACCAUCAUCAAAUUCCUCAACGACCUGAGCUCCCACGGAACCUACGACGAAACCCUCCGCCUCGACACACAGCUCCGAACAUCCUACAAAGAACUCUACCAGACUCUCCAAAUCUACACCUCCUGCACCAGUCCCCCUCCAUUCGCCAUCCGCGCCGUAGACGUCCUCAUACAACGCUACCUCUCCUCCCUCCACCUCCCCUACUUCGCCCUAUCCCUGCACGACGCACCCUACGCCUUCUCCCGAAAAGUCGUCGUCGAAACAGCCCUCAAAAUCUGGCGGUCCACCUACCAAUCCUCUUCCUCUUCCCCUACAUCAGAAGCAUUCACCCGUUUCGUCACCUCCGGAGCGGGCCUCUUCCGCACCACCACCGUGCAAGCCAGCACCGUCAUCGCCACCGAACUUCGAUUCCAACUCCAAGAAGACCACCAAAGUCUCGACCCCGUCCCCCUCCGUCCGGAUCUCGUCCGCGUCCUGGAAGAAUCCAAAACCUGGACCCUCCAAUGUAUGGAGUCGGGGGAAACCAAUACGAAAGGAUACCUGCUUACGCAUGCGCUCGUGGCACAAGUCCAGGGCUUGAUGCGCGGGGUCACUGAGCAAGAGAUGCAUGAUAUAUUGGUCAAGACGGCAGAUGAAGGUGUCCAGACGUGUCUGCGGAUUCUGGAGGGGAAGGCGUCGGAAGGACAAGCUGACUAUACGGAUGACGCGGGUUGUUUGACUCCGUCGAACUUUACGCCUGAUCUGCAAGAGGACUUUGAUUUUGAUUUGUUGAUGCCCGGCGCGAUUCUCAACUCUGGUGAUGCGGAGCUAAUGAACUGGAUGUUUUGCGAUAAUGCCGUGCAAGAGACGUACGGAUUGUGAUUGUUUUUCAUCAGAUACCAUCUGUCAUUCUAUCUAUUCUCGCUGUAUCUUAUCGGAGCAAGUCCAUUCAUGCAGAAUGUUGG